CUCUCCCUAAAGGAGGGAGCGAGGCAGAGAGACACAGAGAGGGGAUUGAGAGGAGCAGGAGAGGAGGCUAUCUCUGGGCUGCUCUCCACUGCGGCGUCUGGCUUUCACUAAAAGGUCUAUGACUGUGUUUUUCCUGCGCUUGUUUGCCUAAUUUAUUCCUGCCCGGGCCAGCAGAAAGAGAGGCGGAAAAGAAGAAGGAAAAAAGGACAGGGCUGAACAGUACAGAGUGCAACAGUACACCCCGACUUGCUGACAGGGAAUGCAGAGAGUUUCUGGCCUCUGGUUGUUACUGCUGGAUGGACAAGCACUGACAAAACAAGAGAAGGAACACUUUGUGAAGCUUUGAGAGAGGAGGCGAGAUUUCUCAACUCUGCUUUUGUUUUGGCUUGUUCUUUUUCUCUGUGACAUUUGAGCCUCUGACACCACAGACUGAAGAGCUGGAGGAGCCAAAAGAAAACAUUAUUUCACUGCAGACACAGAAGAGGAUUUAUUUCAUAAACUUUGUUGCUACAGAAACCACAGAGACAUUAUUCAAGGAGAGAAAGGAAUUGUAUUAUCCUUCUCACCACUUCUUAUUUUAAUAUCAAGUGUUGAGUCAGUUUCAGCUGGAUCUUUUUGGCUAUUUAUAUGGCACAGAGUUGGUUAAUGAGCAAGAAAACUUGUAUAUAAAAGCUGAAGUGGGACUAUAGUCAUCUCCUCUAAGAAUACCAAAGAAAGAAACAAAGCCCAUUUUACAAAACUCCCCUUAAGUGUUUUUUUCUUUUGGGACAUAUGACUGAGCAUUUCCAGAGCAAAAAUAAUUUUUUCCUCUCCUCAUCACUAUCACCUCUGCUUCUCUAACAGCCCCGACAAGUCAAGAGUGAGUCUGGACUAGAACUGCCUCAGAUCAGCAGAUAACACCUCUGCACGGCAGGAACUGGUUGGACUAGUUUAUAAGUUGGAGCAGAGGGCAGGGCAGUUUAACCCUGCUUGAAGGAGAGCUGUGUUUUAUUUUCCUCCCACUUGUUUGUCCUUUUGGGAGAAAGUUGUGCGCUGAGAGAGGGGCAAGGCUUCUUUUUCGUUUGGAGAGCAAAUCUGUUUCUGUUCCUCGUCACCAUGCUUAGGGAUAGGUGAGGUGUUGUUUUUUCUCUACUUAUUCCAGGGGGGGAGACAGAGAGAGAAAGUGAGAGGGAGGGAGAAAGAGAGAAGGAGUCAAAGUGUAAUUUAUUGUUUCCUGUGAAAAAAGCCAGGCUGCACCCUUUUCUCCUGCCUGAACUCUGAACCACUCAAUGUGUGUCUGAAGUUUUCUCAGACCUCAGGAGCCAUUGAUCGGAGGUCAGGGCAGUGAACACGGGGGUGAAAGACAAGAACAGAGAGAGCAGCGGGAUUACUGAAGAGAGAGAGACUGGGAAGGACCUCCAGGUCAUUACAACCAGACGGCAAAGAGGAGAAAGGUCAACACGGGAGAGCCGGGACGACUUUUUAUCCCACUUUUAGAUCUUCUUGGACAAAACCAAUCCUUUAAUACAAACCUGGAUCCCUGUUUUCUUGUCUGGAAUCAGUUUUUAGACUUUUAGAGUAGUUGGAAGCUUGGGGACAGGGCGGGUCUGUGUAUGAUCCACUCACAGGGCUGCGUGUCUCAGAGAAUAUGGCCAUGGUGAGCGGGGGAUGGGGCAACCCCAACGGGGACACUAAUGGACUGGGGGAGAAGGCUUACCUGAGGAGGGAGGAAGAGGAGGGCUCGCCUCAGGCUGGGAGCAGCGAUGUGGACGUCGGGGAUGAGGACAAGGCCUGCGUGGUGGACUGUGUGGUGUGCGGGGACAAAUCCAGUGGGAAGCACUACGGCGUGUUCACCUGCGAGGGCUGCAAGAGCUUCUUUAAGAGGAGCAUCAGACGAAACCUGAACUACUCCUGCAGAUCAAAUCGAGAAUGUCAAAUCGACCAGCAUCACCGCAACCAGUGCCAAUACUGUCGUCUGAAGAAAUGUUUUCGUGUUGGAAUGCGAAAAGAAGCAGUCCAGAGGGGUCGAAUCCCUCCAUCUCACCCAGGGAUCAGUCCAAACUCCCUGGCAGGUGGGGUUGGAGGUGUAGUGCCAGGUCACAUUGGGGCGGACUACUUCAAUGGGCAGCCGGUGUCGGAGCUCAUCUCCCAGCUCCUCCGGGCUGAGCCGUACCCAAACAGCCGCUACGGGACCCCGUACGGUCAGGCACAGAUGCAGGGAUCUGCGAGUGGAGCCUCCGUCAUGGGCAUCGACAGUAUCUGUGAGCUGGCAGCCCGGCUCCUCUUCAGCACCAUUGAGUGGGCCAGAAACAUCCCAUACUUCCCAGAACUUCCAGUUUCAGAGCAGGUGGCGCUGCUGAGGCUGAGCUGGAGCGAGCUGUUCAUCCUGAACGCAGCUCAGUCUGCUUUGCCUAUACAUAUGGCUCCUUUGCUGGCAGCUGCUGGUUUUCACUCAUCGCCCAUGUCUGCUGAGCGUGUGGUGUCCUUCAUGGACCAGGUCAGGAUUUUCCAGGACCAGGUGGACAAGCUGAACAGGUUGCAGGUAGACACGGCCGAGUACAGCUGCCUCAAAGCCAUUGCACUCUUUUCACCUGAUGCAUGUGGUCUGACAGACCCAGCACACGUGGAGUCCCUGCAGGAGAAGGCCCAGGUCGCUUUAACGGAGUAUGAGAGGUUGCAGUACCCCAACCAGCCUCAGCGCUUCGGCCGCUUACUACUGCGCCUCCCGGCUCUGCGGGCCGUGCCGGCCAACCUUAUCUCCCAGCUCUUCUUCAUGCGGCUGGUGGGCAAGACACCCAUCGAGACGCUGAUCAGAGACAUGCAGCUAUCAGGGAGCUCCAUCAGCUGGCCCUACGCACCGGGACAGUGAACCCAGCUAACUCCAGAGUGAGACGAGCCAAGAUCAGAUUGGGAGGAAUCAGAGCUCACAAAGAUUACAUACCAGUACAAAUUGAAUGUUAUGAAUACAAUCUCAGAAGUUUAAGGUCCUGUUUGUGAGCGUAGAGGUCAGCUUUCCCACAUUAGCUCUGUAAAGUUUGGUGGAAGUCACACCAAAGCUGCUUUCAGUGAAACAAAAAUGUGUAAUUGUCUUUAUAUGUAUGUUUGCAGCACUUGUCUGUUUUGCUCUGACCUCCAUCUGAUCUCUCUCUGUCUCAUUCUAGACACACACAAAAAAAAAUAGGGCUUUAAUUAAAUUGCAGACUCUAACAUGAGGCCAUGUGCCUGUACUACCUCCUCCCAUAUCACCCCUAAUGUGACUCAGUUUGAACCCAGGCUCUGUGUGUUUUUCCCUCUGCUUUGUUUUUUAAGUCAAAAUGAAGCCAUAGCAGUGUCACUUUUACAGACAGAGCUGGCCUACAGUGGCAGCUUCAGAGCUUUAUAUCGUCUCAAGAGUGGGGACAUGUUGUGUAGAUCAUAUCUAAGUUGUGUCGUGUUUGAUAUGUUAGAUAAAAUAUCAGACUUUGUUACCAAAUGUGUUUGCAAAGACUGCAAAGUAUCACCGUGUACAGCAUUAUAACAAAGAAGAGGCAUAGCCAUUGUAUUGAAUAUUGUACUAUAUGAAGUACUGUUUAUACAAGACAUAUUUUGUAUGUUAUAUACUUAAAGGAAUAGUUAAACAUUUUAGGAAAUACACUUGCACGCUUUCUUACAGGAUUAGAUGAGAUCUAUUCUCUGUACAUGUCUGUACAGUAAACAUGAAGCUAAAGCCAGAAGCUGGUUAGCUUAGCUUAGCAUAAGGACUGGAAACAUGGAGAAACAACUAUCCUGGCUCUAAAGCUCACUUAUUAAGCAAAAAAAACAACCUGUAAAACAACAAGUUGUUGCUUUUACACGUUGUUUUUUGCACAGAUUCAACAAAUUCAAUAUAAUUUGUCAAUAACUGAGAUUUAAAGUGCCGGUUGGUGGAUUUGUCACCUUUGGACAGAGACAGGCUAGCUGUUUGCCCCUGCUGUUGCUAGUCAUUAUGCUAAGCUAAGCUAAACAGCUGUUGGUUACAGCUCCAUAUUUACUGAGCUAUUCCUUUAAUAUAGUAUAUUAUAUAAUAAUGUUCUUGCAGUCGUAGUCGGCAGGAAGUGGAGGUGAAUGUACUUAAACACACCCUGGCUCCUCAGACAGUCACAUCCCUGUCUAACAUUAUUACCUCAUGUUUUAUACAUCAAAGACACAAGAUUGUUUAUCCAUGUGCUAAAAAAAUAAAUAUAAAGGGAUCAAUGUAUCAUAUAUAUAUCACAGAAACCAUAAACAGUAAUAAUAUUCCCCUGUCCACCAGACAAUGGCCAAAAUAUGUUUGAAAAUGUUUUGAAAUGUAACGCUUGCUGUCAGAGGAACGUGUGAGCUUUUCUGAAUAAUCUCUGCACUCUGAAGACCUCUGCUAUUGUAAAGGUAGAGGUGGUUCAUUUUGACAUAUCUGUGGCCCCCUUUGUGUGUUAAAGUGCGGCCGAAUAGACAGAGGUCAUUUCCAGAUAAUUAUCGUGCUUAUGCAAGGUACUCCAAGAGUUGUAAGUUGUUGUAAAGGUUAUGGUGUUUGUUGGUACUAAGAUAAAGGGUACUAAGAAAGUCACAUUCAUGAGUGUUAUUGCUAUUAGCUGCAGCUCAAUGUGACAAAUGUUUUUCUUGCCAAAUUAACUGACUGAAAGAAAAGACAAUGUGGGGAUAAACAUGUGUUUUUGGUAUGAGUUUUUGUAUUACCGUGUUAUUAUAUCAUAAAGAAAAGGCAACAAUGGCUGUGAUCCCUGAUGCUGUUAGGAAAAAAAACUUCAUCAACAGCUCAUCAUGCUGUCCUUGAAUCACUUUGUGUUGUUUGUUGGAAUAUAAACUAUAGUGAUUUUUUUUUCUGUGUAGCUUUAUGAUAAAAAGAAGCAUGUUUCUAUGAUCAUGCCAAAACCUAAAAAAUGCAAAAGAAGUUCAAAUGUCUGAGUGGUUAUUUUUGCAUCACUAGAAAUAAAAGUGUGCACAUUCCCUUCUG